AUGUAUCUUGUCUCGGGCUUAUUAGCGGCAGCCCUCGCGCUGGUUGCCAACGCGGCACCAGCUGCCCAAGGUCAACUCCAGAAGGUUAAUGGCUUCAAUGCGGGACCUACGAAGGCCGGCAUGUAUAUCUACGUGCCCAGCAAGAAGGCAACACCAGCUCCAAUUAUCGUGGCAAUUCAUUAUUGCACCGGUACCGCCCAAGCCUACUUUUCAAGCACCCAAUACGCAAAUCUUGCAGACCAGAAGGGUUUCAUCGUCAUCUAUCCCAACUCUCCCUCAAGUGGUGGCUGCUGGGAUGUUGCCUCAACGGCAUCUCUCACCCACAAUGGCGGCGGUGACUCCAAGACUAUCGCCAACAUGGUGGACUAUGCUGUGCAGAACUAUGGAGGUGACGCAGACAAAGUCUUUGCAACUGGAUCCAGCUCUGGAGCUAUGAUGACCAAUGUUUUGGCGGGAGCGUACCCAGAUAUUUUCAAGGCUGGUUCUUCCUACUCUGGUGUUCCCGACGGAUGCUUCUACGUCCCAGGUGCCACCGCUGGACAGGCAACUCCAGGCUGGAACAACGAGUGCUCUGGUGGACGAUCCGUCAAGACUGCUCAACAAUGGGGUGAUCUUACCCGCAGCUAUUAUCCAGGAUACAACGGUACCCGCACAAGGAUGUUGAUCUGGCAUGGAACUGCCGAUAACACCUUGUCGUAUCCCAACUUCGCCGAGGCGUUGAAGCAAUGGUCCAACGUUCUCGACGUCCCAUUUACGAAUGACGUUGCCAACAACCCACAAAGCGGAUACACCAAGAAGGUCUACGGUGACGGAACAAAACUCAUUGGCUACUCUGGCCAAGGUGUUGGACACACCGUCCCAGUUCACGAGUCGGUCGACCUUGCGUGGUUCGGAUUGUAA